AUGGUGAUGGAGAAUGAGGAAGUGCCUUCAGCACCUUCCACACCUGCCACACCAGGAACCCCAGGUGCUCCUCUGUUCGGCGGCGGCGGGUUCAGGCAAGAUAAAGGUGGUGGGAAUGCAGGUAGAAAAUCUUUCCUCAACAGCUGCACCAGGUGUUUUAGCCUUGAUGAUUGGGCUAUGGAGGAAGGAGUUUUGCAUAAGGUCUCUUCCUCCUUGUCGCCUCCUCCUGUCUCUCUUGCCAGAAGGGUGGGAGCUGAGUUCAUGGGCACUCUGAUACUGAUCUUUGCUGGAACAGCCACAGCCAUAGUGAACCAAAAGACGCCUGGCUCCGUGACCCUUCUGGGCCUCGCCACUUCCAAUGGCCUCGCUGUUAUGAUCGUCAUUUUGUCAACUGGCCACAUCUCCGGGGCUCAUCUCAAUCCUGCCAUCACCAUAGCUUUUGCUGCUCUAAAGCACUUUCCAUGGAAAUAUGUGCCAGUGUAUAUUGGAGCACAAGUUGUGGCAUCUUUGUGUGCUUCGUUUGCUCUCAAGUGGGUAUUCCACCCCAUAAUGAGUGGAGGUGUCACUGUUCCUUCUGGGAGUCAUGGUCAAGCUUUUGCUUUGGAGUUCGUCAUUACCUUCUUCCUCAUGUUUAUUGUCACUGGUGUGGCCACUGAUACCAGAGCUGUGGGAGAGCUGGCAGGAAUCGCGGUAGGAGCAACUGUUAUGCUCAAUAUACUUGUUGCAGGGGAGACAACAGGAGCUUCAAUGAACCCUGUGAGGACUUUAGGGCCAGCAGUAGCUGCCAACAACUAUGAAGCAAUAUGGGUCUACCUCACUGCUCCUAUUCUUGGAGCACUUUGCGGUGCAGGGGUCUAUUCUGCUGUCAAGCUUCCAGAGGAAGAUGGAGACAAUCAUGAUAAGCCUUCAACUAGAAGGAGCUUCAGAAGGUGACUGAUUAAGUCUGUCACAAGAAAUAUCUAUGAAUAACUCAGGUUCAGAGAGGAACACAACUCUAGAAUGAGCUCUAGUACAGAUAGAAGUCCAUUUGGGUACAUAGACAUAACGAAUAAACUAAAACCAGUCAUGUGCAUCAUUAACAAUCAAGUAAGGAAUUCCACUCACUCCUAGUUGACCUUUCUCCACUUAGUAUAGAAAUAUAGUCUUUUUAUAAUUAAAUUGGAAGCAGAGGAAGCUAUAUUAUGAGGCUCAAUUUCACAAUCCUAGUAAUCUUGGGCUCUUUUUCCCUUUCAUAAGUAUGGUUGAUCAUGUAUGUAGUAAUGCAAGUUACAGAAAACUAAAGGAUUAUCUUAACAUUAUGCUUAUAACACUCCAAUCGGUGUGCUUAUUUUUUCUA